AGUGAAUAGAGCGGUAGGCUAGCUAGCCGUCGUCGAUGGCGAUAAAAUUUUAGAAAGGCUGAGAAUUCCUAAGCGUAGGCGUAGUAAACUACUUCUUCAUAAUUUUAUUAGUGAAAUAGUUUGAUGUUUAAUAAAUUACUUAUUGAUAGUAACUUCGCAUAAUUAUGACAAUUCUAACACACACAACUCCGUAGAAAAGUUUGUGUACUUACGUGUGGAAUAUUUGUUGUUAAAACUUUCCAAAAAUAAGCUAAUGAAAAUGUAUGACACAAAUUCUGAUAAUGAAAGUAUGGAUGUGGCUUCAUCUGGUGUAUCUGAAUCAGCAGCGAACGAUGUCUAUCUGGUACCGGAACGAUCAAGAAAAGCAUAUGAUAAAAUUUACCAAGAUUUUAUGAACUGGAAAAUAACAAACGAUAUACAAUCUUUCAAAGAAGAGGUGAUAUUAGCAUACUUUCGAGAAAUGUCGGACAAAUUCAAAUAUUCUACCUUGUCAACAAAUUUCUCUAUUCUAAAAAAUACUCUAGUUCUAAAUCAUAAGGUGGACAUCUCAAAAUAUUCUAAGGUGAUUGCUCUCAUAAAAAGUAAAGCAGAGGGCUAUACAGGGAAAAAAUCCAAGACGUUUUCACCUGAUGAAAUAAAUAAGUUCUUAAAAGAAGCAAAUGAUGAUGAAUACCUUGCUGCUAAGGUCGCCUUGAUAUUUGGCAUUGUGGGAGCUUGUCGGCGUCAAGAAUUGCACAGACUUCAGUUCACAGAUGUAGAAGUUUGUGGAUCAAGAAUUCUUGUGAAGAUUUACAACACCAAAUCAAACACUAACCGAGUGUUCACUGUCACUGGUGAAUAUUUUGAACUUGUUAAAAAAUACAUAAGCCUGCGACCUGAUCACUGCUGUAGCCCAAGCUUUUUCAUACACUACCAUGCAGGCAAAUACACCUCAAUGAGUGUAGGUAUUAACCAGUUUGGUAAUCUAGGCAAAACUAUUGCCAAAUUCUUAGGACUUCGUAAUCCGGAAUUGUACACUGGACACUGUUUUCGAAGGACAUCAGCAACAAUAUUAGUUGACGCUGAUGGGGAUAUUUUACCUUUACGAGGGCAUGCUAGAUACAAAACAAUACCUAUAUCGGAGCCGGAGGACUCUACAAAUGACUCAGUGCCAAGUUUGGUUGCAAACGAAAGUAAUGUAAACAAAAAUGAUCCUAGCACAAUUAUACCAGAAACUCGCUCAAACAAUGUAACAGAGAAUAACAUUCAAAAGCCAAAUCAGUUUCGGAAUUCCUUUGAGAACCAGAGUAUUGAACAUGUAAAUAUAAAUAUUACAAAUACAGCUACAGAUGUUACAGAGAACUCAAUGGAAAACAAAGAUGAAGUAUGGAGUCAAAUACAGAAUUGUUUUUUCAAGAGGAAAACUGAUGUAAGUAUGAACACUCCAGGCACGAGUUUAUCAGAAGACUACUUUGACGAUUCAGUUGAGGAUGAAGAUAAAGUGAGGAAUCCAACUGAAAAUCCCUUAGAAGACAAUAGCAAUAAAAUUGUAAAUAUUAAUGUGCCAGGCGCACCCGGCAAUCUACAGCAAAUGAUGAGUACCCUAGUGCGCUUCAACAAUUGUAAUAUUCAAAAUGUUAAUAUUUAUUGCAAUAAGUAAGUAAUACUUUGAAACUCUUAGGUGGUUGCCACAAUGUGGUCUACAGGGAUGAACUCUCACACUGUAAACUCCACAGUGUAAGCACCAAGACUCCUUUCCCUGAAUCAGACUAUUAUAAGUAGGUUUAAGAAAAGGCAGGAAUCUUCAAUUUGUUAUUUGUAAUAACACUACUAAUUUGAACUAAAUAAAGAAUGACAUCUGGUGAACCAAAGUAUUGUAUAUUAAAUGUUUUGAUUUGUUUUUUUUUUUAAGUAGUCACAUUACUAUGUAAUAUCAAUUAUAAACUCAAAAGAAAUGUUGUCUAAAGUAAAAGUGACUAAUCCCUGCAGUCCUUGGUACAGUCGCCAUCAGCUAUAUCGGAGCGGCCAAGGUGCUCACACAUAUCUGAACACGCCUCUAUUGUCAUGGCACUAGGUGCGUGUUCAGAUAUUUUUGAGCACCUCGGCCGCCCUGAUAUAUCUGAAGGUGACUGUACCUCCAGCAUGGCACUUGAGGACUUGGGUUACUCUUUCUUUAGUAUAUGAUUAUGAAAUCUAUUUCAGUUUCUCCUUUAAGGAUUACACUUGAACUGUACAUACCCUUUGUUUUCAUGUAUUAGGAUUUAGGAUGAACAAGAUUGCUUAUUUAUAUGUACUUAGGUAGAACAGAGUUGGAAAAUUAAUUAUUUUCUAAGGUAGGUAAAAAAGAAGCCAAGCCUCUAAUUUUUUCAUACUAUACUGAACAACAUCAUACUCUAUACAUGAGAAUAACAGCGCCCUCUUGACAAUGAUCAUAUAUUUUUGGUCAGGCUUUACUAACUGAAGUAUGGCGCUUCUAUGGGAUAUGUUUGGCUAGGCAGUGACAAUCACUACGUGCGUGGUAGGAGUCUAUGAGUCGGGAAAUUUAAGUGCACUACAUAUUGCAUUAUAAUAUUUUAAAUAACUGUCAAAUUAAAAAUGUUAUUUUGUUAGUAAAUAAUUAAGACUUU